AUGCUCAACACAGUCAUCUGUAAGCUCAUUACGGCCCUCGGCCUGCACGGUGCCCUCGUUGAGGCUGCCUGCGACCCUCGAGGCACCAACUCAAGCGGCACGGUUGGUUGCGCCGCUUUGGAGAUCAAGUUCCCGGGAAAGACUUUCUACCCCGGUGAUGAGGUCUACGAGUAUGAGACACAGGCCUUCUGGUCAAACACGGAGUUGAUGACCCCAGCCUGUGUCUUCCGGCCCGAGUCUGCCUCGGAUAUCUCUGAGGGUAUCUUCAUCAGCAAGAACACCGAGACCGACUUUGCGGUCCGCGGUGGUGGACACAUGGGCAUCAAGGGUGCCAACAAUAUCGAUGACGGGUUCCUCGUCGUUUUGUCUAAUCUCACUACUUUUGAGCUCUCUACAGACAAGAGCACUCUGACUUUGGGACCUGGUUACAAAUGGGGUACUGUCUACAGUGAGCUUGCCUCGUAUGACCUGGCCGUCAGCGGCGGCCGUCUCUCUCCCGUCGGUGUUCCUGGUCUCUUACUCGCUGGUGGUGUCAACUUCUACGGUAACCAGCAUGGAUGGUCUGCGGACAACGUCCUCUCUUACGAGGUCGUCCUUGCUAAUGGAACAAUCGUUACUGCUUCUGACUCCGAGAACAAUGAUCUCUUCUGGGCUCUGAAGGGCGGUAGCAGCAACUUUGGUAUUGUUACCAGCUUUACUCUCCGUACUUGGGAGUCGAAGCAAGUCUGGGCUGGUGUCUACAGUGUCUCUGAAGAUCACCUUGACGACAUGUUUGCCGCCAUUGCCAACUACUCUGCAUACAACACUGACCCUUUGUCGCAUAUUGUGCCUCAAUCCAUCGUCACCGGCGAGGACAGCGCCAUUGGUGGCAUUAUUCUUUUUUAUGAUAGCCCUAAUGUGUCUUACCCUGAGUGCUUUCAAAUGUUCUUCGACAUUCCUAGCAUCGCGGACUCGACUGCUUUCCAGACCCUCGCUGGGUUCUCUGAAACUGUAGGCCAGCUUGUCACAGACCAUAUCAACGACAUCUUUUUUGCAGGUACCACUGUUGGCCAGACCUACGAGGAGCUUCUCCAGGGUAUUGAGAUUACCAACCAAGUCUUUUUCGACGCUCUGCCUGAUUUGUACGAGGUUAUUCCUUAUGCUAACCUGUCUCUCGUCUCUAUCGAUUGGCAGCCUAUCGGCUCUCUGUGGCAGUCUGGCUCUCAGUCGGUUAACCCCACUGGUAACCCUCUUGGCGUCGACCCAGCUACUAAGGGUACCUACCUUUGCUGGGCUGGAGUUGUUGAGUGGGUCGGAGACUCAUACGCCGACGUUGUCAACGAAUGGGUUGAGAAUACCACUGCUCUCAUUAACAAGGCCACCCAGGCCGCCGGUAUCUACGAUGCCUUCAACUACAUGGGAGACGCCGCUGGCUUCCAGGACAUCUACGCCGGCUACGGCUCCGGGAACCAGGCCAAGCUGCUGUCGAUCUCGCAAAAGUAUGACCCGGAUCGUGUCUUCCAGGAGCGCCUGCCUGGUGGCUUCAAGAUCGGUGUAUGA